AUGGCGUCCUCCUCCUCCUGCAACAACGCCGCGGCGCGUGCUUCGAGCUCGCCGAGCCGUCGCUGCAGCUGCCACGACGGCGACGCCUCGAUGUCCGCCCGGGAAAUGCCCGGGAGCUCGCCCGUCGACGUUCGCACCACGACGGCGUCGUCGUCGUCGUCGUCGCCCGCGGCGGCAGCGAGCAGCGACCCCAAACUCCGCGGCUGCUUCUUAUUCGUCGUCUUCGCCGUCGUCGUCGUCGUCGUCGCGCUCGUCGUCGGCGGCGGCGCGGCGGCGGCUCGGCGGCUCGGAGGUUUCGAAGGGCUGAACUCGCUCCUCCGCGGCUGCGUCGAGAACCCCCCUCGUACGCUCUUCGCCGCGGACGCGUACCCGCCCACGCCCACGCCGCCGCCGUACUGCGACCGCUGCCGCGCGUCCGCGAGCAGCGCGUUCCGCUCGCGUCGCAGCUCCGUUAUCGUCGCCUCGCGCGCCUUUGGGUCGUUCCAUACGAGCGAACGUCGGGGUGGAGUUGAAAGGCGUCAGUUGAAGUUGAAAGGCGCCGAGGGCGGGGAUUGA